AUGCCGCUAGGUCAACUCGGUUUAUUGCCCCCAGAACUGAUUCGUCACGUAUGCUAUCAACUUCCGCUAGAUGACAUUAUCAAUUUGCAGAAAAGCCAUAGCUUACUCGAAAUAAUGAUCGACAACGUGUUUUUCGUUGAUAUGAAGUCUAUGGAAGUAAACUGUGAUGCUCAUGGAACCGUUGUAUGUUUGUCUGCUCCUUCCACGUCCAACCAGUUCUCCACCACAACGACUUCCGACAGCUGGAAAGAAGCGGUGUUCAAGUCGAGGAGAGUGUCAAAGUUGUCUGUCAGAAAAAGCGACGAUGCCCAAGAUUGCUACGUUUUAGACGUGAUUGAGAGAGCAGAACUACGAUUGCUCGAUGUCGAGAUGAUUCUUUUACCCGGACAACAGGAAACUUCUCAAACGCUGAGAAAUCGUAUCUUUCCGCGAUUGACUGAAUUCGUGAGAUCCAGCUGUCAAACUCUAACCCGCUUCCGUCUUCAAACCGACCCAUUGAACUCAAUCGAGUACUCUCUCCACGGGUCAAAUGCUACUCUAGCCUAUUCCCAAAGCGAUGACUCUCAACUCCAACAGCAAAUGGUCAUUCCACUAUUUCAUGCGCUAAUUGGAGGACGAAAGUGCCCAUCUAUGCUGACUUUGCGGAUCGGAUGGCGAGAAAAACCGAUGAUGGCUUUGCAAGCUGCUUUCCAUGCUGCUUUACCCAGAAAUCAACGAUCUAUGUUGCAGGUGCUUAGACUAGACUUUGGGAACGAUGUCUCCACACUUUCAAACGAGGAAAUCCAAGAAGUGCUAUCUCAAUACGCCCCUUAUCUUAACGAUACCCGACAACUGCAGCACCUUAUACUCGAUCUCAGUCACAGCCAGCUUCUCGCAUCGGAGUUGGAAAAGUUGUACUCGAUCAUUUCACGAGAACUUCCGCAGACUCAUCGGAUCUCCCUAUACACAUCAGAAUGCUUGCCCAAGGUCGAAUCUGCUAGGAAACAAAAACAUUCCAACGUAGUUACCUGCUCUUAA